CACUGUAUUGUGCUUACACUGGGCGCUAUAAAGAGAGAAAAUUGUUGUUUGGAAUGUAAAAUGUUUUUUUUUAUAAAACCUCAAUGAAACAGAAAAGUUUUAGAAAUGUCACAUGUAUACGUUUAAAUAAAUCGGUAAUGGUCUUACUGCGUUAUGUUUUUAUAAAGACCUACAGAUAUGAACACAACAUUAAGCUCAGUCGAGAGUGGCGGUGAUAAACAUCUACCGGAGACAACUGUACAAAGCAUAGCUCAAAAUCUAACUACUAUGCAAAGUAUACAAAAUGUGCAAAGCGUUGUUCAAAGUAAUAUACAGAAUAUUCAAUCAACACAGACCAUAGUAGGAUCAGUUGGUACGUCUACCAAUCUUGUAGGUAAAACAAUGUCAAUGGAUACAAAUUCAAAAUUACCUGUAAUGAAGCCUGUAGUUCCUUCUGGUACCACUUCAACUUCAGAAACAAAUAAGAUAACCACAACGAUUUGUUCAGUGGGUUCCACAGUAAGGAUAAUUUCUCCAGGUAUGUUGAGUACAGUAGAACGUCAAAAUCAACCACAGGCUCAGCAACUAUUGCAACAGACACAGCAGGUGACAAAUAUGCCAGCAACUUAUCAUGUGCCUCGAGGGCCAGCUGCAGUUGCUAAUAUUUCUGCACCAAGAUCCACAGUAGCUACCCCGAUUGUUAGAGCAAAUACAGGACAAGCUAUACCUACAACAAGACCAGGCAUAAAUACAGCUAUUUCAAAUCCGCAAUGGCAACCUAAAACAACGUCAGUGGUAUAUGCGCAACAACAAAGGCAUCCUGUACCUCCAGUUAGUCGAAUCUCAAGACCACCAUCAACGGUGUAUACCAGUCAACAGCCUCGUUUAAUUACACCUACAGGUCAAGGAAGAUCUGUACAAGCUACAAUGGUUACUGGAGUUCCCAGUAACCCAUCUAGAUUAAUAGCACCUGUUCUGCAGGCAAACAAUAGUAUUACUAGAUUACCAAUAACACAAAGCAGACCAGCUACUCCUCAAGUAUCAAAUAUAUCACUAACUACACAAUCUAACAGAUCAUCGACUCAAACUAUUCAACCUAAUCAGUCAAAUAGACCUCUAAGUACCACAGGUAUUGUAAAUCGUAUAGCUGUAUCAGCACCUGUAAUUGGAACUGCAAAUAGAGUAACUGCUUCAGCUUCAGUGACUGUUCAACCAACAGUUGGGAGACAAUUAUCAAUUAAUACUGUUGCUACUCCAUCAACUGGAACUGUUAGCAGAAUUGUAAUUCCUUCACAGCAAGUACAACAACAGCAACAGCAACAGCAGCCACAAUCACAAUCACAAACAAUACCACGUGUUGUUCAAACAGUAACUUCUUUGUCAAGUCUUAAUACAGUAUCACGUAUAAUUACUACAACAGCAAGUACAUCAAAUACAACAAGAAUAUCACAACCCACAUCAACUACUGUUGCUAGAAUUACUGGGAUGUCUUUACAUCCUUUACCUUUAGCACCUGCAAGAGUUACAUCAGCACCUGCUAAAACAGUACAGGCACAAAGCAUCGGACAAACUGUACAAAUCAAGACUAAUCAACAGUCCGGAUUUCGAGUUUCUUCUGCGAGUAAUGCAAAUAAUAAUUCAAGUACAACAUCUUCUCAAUCAGCUCAAGGACAAUAUUUACAUCCACCACAUACUGCAACCUAUUAUUCUUUUGAACCCACAGGAGCAUAUACUCAAUACCGUCAAACUCCAGUAAGAUUACUUGUUGAACCUGGGUAUGAUGAACCCCAUACUAAAACAAAUGCGUCUCCAAGACCAAGUAUACUUAGAAAAAGAGAUCAUGACAAUUCACCUAUUAAAGGUGCGGCUAAAAAUUUAAUUCCUGUACUAGCAUCCUUACCCCCUGUUACAACAUCGAGUCCACCAUGUUCACCGAGAGGAGACCAAGAUGGUGGAGGUUGUCAAAGUUCAGGAUCUACAACAGUUUCAGCAACAUCGUCACCUGGACUUGAUGAAGAACCUGAACAAUCUAGAAUUACUAUAAAUCCAACAAUAGAAAUGUCUCCGAGAAAAAAACCUCGAAAACAACAACUUACUGGAGUAGAAUUAACAGAACCAAGGUGUACUGAAGAAGAAAUGCAAUUUAUUACAGAAGAAAGAAUGAAAAAGGAGCUCAAGGAAGAAUCGAAAGAAAAAUUAUCUGAGAAAAGACAAACAGCAAACACACAAUGUGAUGUUAUUAAAUCUCCUAUACAACAACCGACAGUUGCAAUGCGAACACGGCCUACACCUAGUUUAUUAGGACCUUCUUGGAAAAAUAGAUGGAGCAGUAGACUUCAUCAUUAUAGAAGGCCAAGCGAGGUUAGGCCUCGUGAAGAAAGACGGCCCACAGUUGCAGAAAUAGCCCAACAGAAACAUGUAUUACAGAAAUUAAAUGGUUGGAAAGUAUAUCAUCUUACUGCGCAAAUGGAAGAUAUUGCUGAUCUUGAGAAACAAGUACAUGAAAAACUGAAAACAACAUUAACCAUGCUUGAAUCACAGCAAAAUGUCAGGAAUAGACAAGAUGAUGGUCUUGAACGUGUAAAUGAAUUGAUUAAAGGAAAUAUGCAACGUAGUAGUUUAAUUAGCGAAGGAAUGAGUGAAGCACGUACGCAACUUAUUGCUAUAUUUCAGCAUAAAGGACCUAUCACAGAUAUUUUACAACGGUGUGGCAACAAACGGGCUCAAAAAAAACGGGAUAAAUGAGUUAUUGUAUGCAUCGAGUUAAUAUAAAUAUGUUUAUAAAAAUCUCUUGCAGGAGCAAGAUUUAAGAAGGUGUUAUUUUUAUCUGUGUCGCAGAAUCUAUAUUAUAAGAGUAAAAUAAAUGGUUUUAUAAAUCUA